CGCACGGGCGUCCCCGCGGCCGCUCCCACCGCAGGCGUCGCCCUCUGGCCUCGGCGGCCCCGCCCCGGCGGCCGCCCGUGACCGGCCUGGGCGCGGGGAACGGGAAGCCGGAAGGGGCGAGCCCAGUUCGGCUCGCCAUGGGGCUGUUUGGGAAAACCCAGGAGAAGCCGCCCAAGGAGCUGGUCAAUGAAUGGUCAUUGAAGAUCAGAAAGGAAAUGAGAGUCGUUGAGAGGCAAAUAAGAGAUAUCCAAAGAGAAGAAGAAAAAGUAAAACGAUCUGUGAAAGAUGCUGCCAAGAAGGGUCAGAAGGAUGUUUGUGUGGUUCUGGCUAAGGAGAUGAUCAGGUCAAGAAAAGCAGUGAGCAAACUCUAUGCCUCCAGAGCGCACAUGAACUCCGUGCUCAUGGGAAUGAAGAACCAGCUAGCUGUUUUGCGAGUGGCUGGCUCCCUGCAAAAGAGCACAGAAGUGAUGAAGGCCAUGCAGAGUCUUGUGAAGAUCCCAGAAAUCCAGGCUACCAUGCGGGAACUGUCCAAAGAAAUGAUGAAGGCUGGGAUCAUAGAAGAGAUGUUAGAGGACACUUUUGAAAGCAUGGAUGAUCAGGAAGAAAUGGAAGAAGCAGCAGAAAUGGAAAUCGACAAAAUUCUGUUUGAAAUUACAGCAGGGGCCUUGGGGAAAGCACCUAGCAAAGUCACCGACGCCCUUCCAGACCCUGAACCUCCAGGAGCUAUGGCUGCCUCAGAAGAUGAGGAGGAGGAAGAGGCCCUGGAAGCCAUGCAGUCCCGGCUGGCCACACUCCGCAGCUAGGGCUGAGGUGGGUCCCAGGCUCAUCUCCUGACCCUCCCCAGCCUGUGCCCUCCUGCAAGCUGCGCUCUUCUCUGUCUCUUGACUAGACCUGAUUGAAGCAGUGCCUUCUGGAGAAGGUUCUCUGCUCAUGUGUCUUCACUCUCUGGAGAGCUUUUGAGAUGUGGAGUAAUAAAUAAAUGCAGCAUUUUUAAGAGUUGAAACAUCUCUUGGGGGCAAGUGGGAGAUGGUGGCAAAGGCAUCUGUCUUCUUACACUUCUGCACGUAAGAGUUGGUUGCUUGAAUGUUGAGGACAGUACAUUUUUUUCUGUCUGUAAAACACUACAUAAAGGAUUUUAAUAAAUUUCUGCUUUAACACUUGG